AUGGUCUUGGAGCUGGAGCAUCUGCACGAAGCCUGUGGCGUCUUUGGCAUCUACGUCGAGCCCAAGACUUCCGAUAACCAGCCCGAUAUUGAUGUCGCUCAAAUCACGUCGCUGGGCCUCUCCGGCCUUCAACAUCGAGGACAAGAGAGCGCUGGCAUGGUCACCAGCGGUACAGAUGGAAAACUCCGUUCUCACAAAGGCUUUGGCCUUGUGGACCAGGUGUUCAGUCCCGCGACUUUAUCUGGCUUGACAGGCAACAUGGCCAUUGGUCACAAUCGCUAUGCCACAGCCGGUGGCUCCACUCUCAGCUGCAGCCAGCCCUUCAUUCUCAAGACAUUGACUGGCAACUACAUUGCUGUUGCCCACAACGGCCAGCUGACCAAUCACGAUGCUCUCAGCCAGCGCAUCAUGCAACAUGGUGUGGGUUUGAGCUCCGACUCCGACUCGGAAAUUAUUGCUCAGAUUCUUUGCUCGCCUCCAGCAGGUCCCCAUAGCGAACACGUCCACGGCAUUGACUUUGCCUCUCGUCUCAAAAGCUUUAUGCAAAUGGCGGCCACCGCAUAUUCUCUGGUCGCUCUUUGCGACACCUCCGUGUAUGCCGUUCGUGAUCCCUUUGGCAACCGCCCUCUCAGUGUUGGUCGCCUUCGCGGUGUCGAGCGCAACGCCUGGGUGGUGGCCUCGGAAACUUGCUGCUUUAGUGCCAUCGGCGCUGAGGUCGUUCGUGAGGUUUUGCCCGGCGAAAUCGUGCGCCUGGACUGCGAUGGCUUGACCUCUGUUCUGACAGUGCCCCGCGUCAAUCGCAUGCCGGAUCAAACUGCUCUGCGCCACACCUCGCGCUCCUCGCGCCCUCCAUCCCGUCAAGCCACCUUGUCUGCGGCCAGCUCAACACAAGACUUGUCCGAGAUUCCGGCGGCUUUCUGCAUCUUUGAAUACGUUUAUUUCUCACAACCUGAAUCCAUUUUGGAAGGCCAGAUGGUCCACUCGGUGCGCCAGCGCUGCGGAGCACGGCUUGCACGCGAGGCACCCAUCGAGGCCGACGUCGUCUCGACCGUUCCAACUUCGGCCACGGCUGCUGCUAUUGGCUUUGCUCAUGCCAUGGGCAUCGGCUACAACGAGGUCCUUAGCAAAAACAACUACGUCGGCCGCACCUUCAUCAAGCCUGACGAUCGCAUGCGCAAGCUGGGCGUCCUGAAGAAAUUUGCUCCCAUCACGGAAAAUAUCAAAGGCAAACGCAUUGUCAUCGUGGACGACUCUAUUGUUCGUGGCACCACCAUGGGGCCCAUCAUUGACUUGCUGCGCCAGGCUGGGGCCCUUGAGGUCCACAUUCGCAUUGCCUCCCCGCCUCUCAAAUAUCCCUGCUACAUGGGCAUCAACAUUCCAACUCGGGAGGAGUUGAUUGCCAACCGCAUGGCCGUGGAGGACAUGGCAGCUCACUUUGGGGCUGAUUCGCUUGCCUACCUGUCUCUUGACGGAUUGAAAAGUGCUGUGCUGGAAAAGGCCGUCAGUGCCGACCCGCAGGGUCCCGCUCAUUGCACCGCUUGUCUGUCUGGUGACUAUCCUGUCGAACUCGAUUGGUAG